UGUCUCUCUCCCAGCUGAGAGGGGUGGAGGCUGACGGCCGAUGGUUUUUCAGCGGAUAGGGGAUGGAGGAAAGGGGGAAUUAGUGGCUCCUCUUCACUCGGUCUUCACAACAGCGUCCCGGUAAUCAGAGACCAGCAGCCUCAGCGGAGAUUUUUCAUGGGAACGAAACGGCUUAAAAUGAGCCGGGGAGUGAUCGCUGAUCUGCUGCACAAGGCUUGAAUCCACCGAGAAACCCCAUGGAGCAGGAUGUGGAGAGCCCAAUAAUCAGAAAGCCCAAGUUGCCAAAGCAGGCCAGAGAGGACCUGCCUAAACACCUGGCAGAAAUCGACCGGGUGAAAAAGAUCCAGCGGUAUGUCCAGAAAGAUGGGAAGUGCAACGUCCAUCACGGAAAUGUCCGAGAGACAUACCGCUAUCUGACAGACAUUUUCACCACACUGGUAGAUCUCAAAUGGAGGUUUAACCUCUUCAUCUUUGUGUUGGUGUACACGGUGACAUGGCUCUUCUUUGGCUUCAUGUGGUGGCUUAUUGCCUACCUCCGGGGUGAUCUGGACCAUAUAGCAGACAACCAGUGGACUCCGUGCGUCAAUAACCUCAACGGGUUUGUAUCAGCGUUUCUGUUCUCCAUUGAAACAGAGACCACCAUUGGUUAUGGAUACAGAGUGAUCACGGACAAAUGCCCCGAGGGAAUAGUGCUGCUUUUAGUUCAGUCAGUGCUGGGAUCUAUCGUGAAUGCCUUCAUGGUGGGUUGCAUGUUUGUUAAGAUCUCGCAGCCCAAGAAACGGGCUGAGACACUAGUGUUUUCCACCAAUGCGGUCAUCUCCAUGAGAGAUGGUCGGCUGUGCCUGAUGUUCAGAGUUGGAGACCUCCGAAACUCGCACAUCGUCGAGGCUUCAAUCAGGGCCAAGCUUAUCAAGUCUAAGCAGACCAAGGAGGGGGAGUUCAUCCCUUUGAACCAGACAGAUAUAAACGUGGGUUACAACACAGGAGAUGACAGGCUCUUCCUGGUAUCGCCACUCAUCAUCUGCCAUGAGAUCAAUCAAAACAGCCCCUUCUGGGAGAUCUCACAGGCCCACCUGUCCAAGGAGGAGCUGGAAAUUGUUGUGAUCCUCGAGGGGAUGGUGGAGGCCACAGGUAUGACCUGCCAGGCAAGGAGCUCCUACGUCAGCAGUGAGAUCAAGUGGGGCUACCGCUUCACGCCCGUCCUGACGCUGGAGGACGGCUUCUACGAGGUGGACUACAACAGCUUCCACGACAUCUACGAAACUGACACACCCACCUGCAGUGCCAAAGAGCUCGCUGAUAUGGCCAACCGCGCCCGCUUGCCCCUAACUUGGUCGCUGGCUAGCAAGCUGAGCCAGCAGGGGUUGCCAGAGUCUGAACAGGAGGGUCAGGAGACCAAAACCAACCUGGACGAGCAGGGGAAGAGUGAGAAGACCGAGAGGAACGGGGACAUUGCCAAUUUAGAGAGUGAGUCCAAAGUGUAGCGAGCGUGGCAAGAGCCAAGCGUGAGGUCGAAACGAGAUUAAUGGACUGUACUGUUGGUCUCCCGCCGAGGAAGGCCACCCAUUGAGGACCAAUGAGCACAGUAGACCAAGUACCCCUGCACCACGAACCGCUUUUUUCUCAGUGAUUUACAUUUACCCCAAAAACGAGAAAACACGUAGACAUGUGGCCCACCGCUGGAGUGAAAACCCCCUGCGGCAAGUGCAUGUUUCAAAUAUAAUGUGAUGUCCUCCUGACAAGAUUCCUAUUAUUUUUUCUAUUAAGAUAUUCCUAGGGGCAUUUGCUAAGUAUUUUUGUAUAUACUACAAAAUGUUUUAAAUUCUUUGUUUUGUUGCAGUGUGAAUAUUUGACACAUGUUUGAUACUACUUCCUUUAGGUUAGUUCUGUAUAUAUUAUCUGCCUUACUGUAUGUAUAAAGCUUUCAUUAUUUGUUUUUCAGGAAUAUAUAAGCAUGUAUAAACAUUAUCUGCAGUUGAUUUAUCUUGUAUUCUGUAUAUACUGUAUGAUGAUAUUAUUAUUAUUAUUAUUAUUAUUAUUAUUAUAAGGAACACAUACAGUUCAAUGGAUGCAAACUCUAGUUUAAACCAAUGAAAGAUUCUUCCCCAAUGAUAAGUGUUUGUUUAAAGUAGUACUACACGAAGCCAUGAGUUGCUGUUUACAGCUGACUGACUUCAGACAAUGGCCCUUUAAAAACUGCAUUUUGUCACUUUUGCACACUGGAGUCUUCUGAUGAAGGUUAGUGGCUGUUUGAGUCUCCAGAAAUAACUCACCUGUCACCUAAAAGUAUCAAUAAAUAAACAGUAAGUUGCUUAUUA